CACUGCACCGCGCAGGGUCUGACAACGACGACAGCAACGGGCAUUGACACAAGGAAUACUGCCAGCGUAAUAACAACACAGACGCCCCUGAAUACAGUAGGUGAUGGCAGUGAAUGUGUACGCCACAUCUGUGUCCAUUGACAACCUCAGCCGACAUGACAUGCUGGCAUGGGUCAACGAUUCUUUGCAUCUCACCUACACCAAGAUCGAACAGCUCUGUUCAGGAGCAGCAUAUUGCCAGUUCAUGGACAUGUUGUUUCCAGGUUGCAUCCUUCUGAAGAAGGUCAAAUUUCAAGCGAAGCUGGAGCAUGAAUUUAUACACAACUUCAAAGUUCUUCAGGCAGCUUUUAAAAGGAUGAGUGUUGACAAAAUAAUUCCUGUAGAAAAGCUUGUAAAAGGGAAGUUCCAGGACAACUUUGAAUUCGUGCAGUGGUUCAAGAAGUUCUUCGAUGCCAACUACGACGGGAAGGAGUACGACCCUUUACUAGCCAGACAGGGGCAGGACGUGGCCCCUCCCCCCAACCCAGGUGAUCACUUUAUCCACAAACCAAAGAGAAACCCAGGACCACAGAGGACAUCUCCAACAGUUCCCAAAAACAUGCCAACACCACAGAGGGUCCAACACAACACUCCAGUCAUCAGGAAGAAUCCAUCUUUGUCUAGAAAUGGGGGAAGUGAUGCUGAGAUCAUGGAGCUAAAUCAACAGUUGAUGGAGUUAAAGUUGACCGUAGACGGACUAGAGAAGGAGAGAGACUUCUACUUCAGCAAACUACGGGAUAUCGAGCUGAUCUGCCAGGAGCAUGAGAGUGAAAACAAUCCAGUCCUCAGCAGGAUAAUCGACAUUCUCUACGCAACAGAGGAAGGCUUUGCGCCUCCAGAAGAUGAAGACCUCGAUGAACAAGGUCACCUGGACCAGGAUGAAUACUGAACACUUCGUCUCCCUCCCCCCUAACAUCUCCAUCCUUCCUUUCCUUUUUUUUUGCCCUCAUUUGUUUCUCUCUCUGCACGCUCUCUAUGAACACUUACCAUUAUCCCUACUCUUUGUCCAUGUUUUCCUUUCUUUCUCAUAUGAAUAUCUGUUCGUAACCUCCCCCUUUCCACCCUCUGGCUGUCUACAUACGCUACACAACUACUCUGCGUCAUCAUUUGCUGCUCCUCCCUGCCUCCACUUACACAGUAACAACAGUAAUGUACAACAUAUCCCACUUAUUUCAGCAUGAGUAACGCAGAAAAUCAAGCCAAGCCUGGCAUGGAGGUUAUAAUGGCAAACAGUGAAUUUCAGUCUGUAAAUAUUACUGACAUUUUGAUUUCUGAGAGAACAAUGUCUUUGCUCAUUAUGGAGGUAUUUAUUUGCCUUUGGUGCGCUGUUAAUAAUACUAUUAGAGCACAGAACAACACUGCUCCAAUGUGCCAUCAGGACACUCCCAGAGCUACUAAAACUGUAACAAAGUAACUUUUUAAUAACAAUUUCUUAUUUAUUUAACUUAUAUUUAAUUUAGAUUAACUUUCUGUAGCAGAUUUGGUGCAAAACCUACUGUACAUGAACUGAACGCUAAAGGCCCUAUGUGUUAUUUGAUUUAAGGUUUGUGCUUGAGUCUGCAUCAAGCUUUUGGUUUCUGUCAUGGUGGGUUCAUGGCAUGUAGAAAUGCGGAAAGGACAUACUUUGGUGUAAUGACUCGAGGCAUAUGAUCAGUGCUCUGCGAUUAUUCAUUAUUGAUCAACAACAUAUCUGAGCAUGAGAAUGUUACACAUUGACUGUGAAUGAGUGAUAUUUUGUAAAUGUAUUUUGUGUGGAGACUUUGUGUGAUGUCGCACGAUCCUGGUUAACUGCCGUUUUAUCUUUUAGGCGGACAUGCAGUAGCCUUUAAGUUUAAAAUUUAGAGGUGGAGAGCCACCUGCUGACUGACAACAUGGUUAUAGAUUGUAGCAGUUCUAAUGUUUUAUUCUGAAAUACAAGGGAGCCUGACACUUUUCUCAUGACAGCUUCUGUCAUGCUUUUACUGCUAAUCAUGCUGUGUUUAUAUUUUGAUUUGCUGUAAAGGGUUACCCAGGGCGUUUGAGUCAUAGUUUGGAAGAAAGUCACUAUCAAGAGGUAUGUGACCAGUUGACUGGUCACAAUUAGCAUCCAGUUUAACCAAGGAAGUCUCCUUGUCCUUCCCCGGCUAUUUUUAUUUUGCAAAACUGGCUGUCGUCUGCUCUGGAACUUGCAUUCAUUGACCAUGUAAACAUCUACAGAACACUCAUCUUUUGAGUUUUGAAUAAAUAAA